AUAACCUUGUCGUCUUCAAGCCUAAAAGUUGAUUCUCUACGAGUGGUAUCAGACAGAACUUUUUGGUUAACGUUAACGCCCGUUAUUGCAUCGACUUUUUUUCAAUUUUUAUUAAAUCAAUAAUUUCAUCAUGCUUGGCUCAAAAGCCGUUCAAGCGUUUAGGCAGUUCUCAACUACUGCAGUCAAAAGAGGACACGCUUAUGAAGGUCCCGGACAUAAUUUGCCAUUUGAUGUGUUCAGCAAGUACAAGUUUACUCUUUACACAGCACUUUUCUUUAGCUCCGGUUUUGGUCUUCCAUUUUUAAUGGUCAGAUAUGUUAGGAAGAGAAGUGGAUAAAAUAUCGUCUUCAACUUUUUAUGUUAAAACAAAAUCAUUCCAAAUAGCAUUCAAUUACACAUAAUU